GGACCAGACGAGUAGCUAUUUGCUCCCGUCUCGAACAGGGUGAAGAGGUCUUUUCAGAUCUCAGAACGGAGACAAAGGGCCGAUGCAUGCACAUGAGCGCGUCUCUCAGGACUGUGUUCGCAUUCAAGACUCUAAUCUCAAGCGAGGCUCUUGGUGUGGGCCUCCACCUCAAUCUUGUUUCGGUUGAGAGAACAGUCUUCUGUCUACGUCCCAUCCGGUUAUGCAGAUGAGGAAACGAGGAAUGUUUGCUGCACUGUCGAAAUGCUAAGGCGCUGGGAUGCGUUUGCAUAGGUCGGUUUUUCUAGAUCCACACUGAACGGGUGAAGAAAAAUGUCACACAAGGGGUUGUGUAAUGAGACGUUACGUUCGAAAGCCAGAGGACGAGUAUUUUCGUUCCGCUUCUUCAUCCUUCGAUGCUAUCUCUCUGUCUCUUCUGUCUCUCAGAAAGGCCAGAACGCGCGUUUGGCCCCUGCGGGUGCCGAGUCCGAGCCGGCCGCGCCUCCAGAAGAGACAGAAGGCCCAGCCGACUCACGGUCUCCAGGAACUCCCGGCACAGAAGCGAAAGACAAGUGUGCAGAAGAAAAACGGCAAACACCAAUCCCUCUCAGGUCAUUGUUGUGCGAUGCAUUCAAGGGAGCUUCGCUGGCAGUGACUCCCGUCGAAGUCCUUUACUUUCUGUUCCACUUUUUGCCGGAGUUUCACGACCAAGAAAACGCGCUCGCGACCUUCCAGGAACUGCGAGAAGAAAAGAGGAAAAAACGACUGGAGAGAGCGGCGAAGAACCUUCCUUCAAACGAGAUACUGUCCCCGUCUCUUUCGGUCGCCCCCCCGCCAUCAAGUGGAUCUUCUCCACCAAGAGGAAGUCCUGGUUUUGAAGAGGGUCCAGUUCCGUCUCGCGCAGAAGCUUUCCCCGCACCUGGCGCGCUCGGACCGAACGCGAACUCCGUCGCUUCGGAUGCAAAACGGAACGGGAGAAAUACCAAACUGCGAAGUCCCAUUAACUCCCGCCCAGCAGCCGGCCGCCGUGGUCCAGGCCCCGACACUUCGAGUCCGUCGUCUCCGUCGCAAAGCAGCAAAAGGGGAGAAAAAGACGAGGGAAAGUCGCGGUCUGAGAACUCAAGGAGACGAUCAGGCCCUCGCGUCACAAUCACGAACGUUCCCCAAGUUAUCGUAGAGGAAAGUGCACCAGACUUGUCAACAGGGACGCCACGAGUCGAUUUGAACGACCGUCUGGACCGCCUGGACGGCAGCGCUAAAGCGUAUGCUACCACCGGCAUGGCCCGUGACGACACAAAUGAUGAUGGCGAGGAACAGGGGAAUAGACACACCGGACCCCAACCGACACUGAGAGAUGGUGACAACACUAGUAUUCGGGGGAAAGAGGAAAACAACCACGGGAUGUCGUAUUGCAGAGGCAAGGAGACGACUCUGAAACACCACGGGGCAGGUGGAACACUCUGUUGGCCUCGGCCCUUCGCCACGCGAGCAAUCGAGAAGAGUUAUCGAAAACUUCUCCGGAAGAUCCUCGGGAAACGAUCCGCGUCCUGGACAGAACUUGUGUACAGAGAGGUGACAGUCAUCGAGGUGAUGAUGGUUCUCCUCAAAAUCGUCGAGUUCAAGACGCCUCCCUGCCUAGCGGCGCAGCUAUCGCUUCCUUUUCGUCUGUCAAUCCUCGUAGGCGCCAUCGCGCAACAUGAGUUGACACAAGAAACUUGUGUCUCCACCUCUACCAAAACACAGAGGUGUUGGCCCGUUCUGUCACUUAGAGAUCACCCCCAAGUUGCCCUUUUAACUCUCGUUUCUUCACAAGACCCGUCCGAGUUGCCUAUGCACUUCCCACCCGUCAUCUCAGCACCGCCAGAGCAGCUUUCACGAACGACUGUAGAGAGAGACAGUGAAAAGACACCUCUCUCGCCUUCCUCUCACGUCGUCCGUUCUCCAGCCUUAGGAGCUACAGCAGCGAGGGGUCCGCAACAAAGCAGCCACACUAGUGGACCUGCUCCCCCAGAAGCGCUUCUUUUCUCGGCACCUGCCCAGUCUCCAACUUCACCCGACAAACCGGGUGUGUCGGCCUCGGGCGCUGCGGAGGGAAAGAAUGAUUUCUCAAACGCUUUCUUCUGGGAGAGUUUUGACAGUGUGCCGUCUCUACCUCGCAUCUGUGAAGGGAAAGAAUGUGGAUCGUUCACGGUUCUAGACGCUCCGCUGCUCUGGGCCACGAGCGAUGAAGACGAUGCUCAAGAGGGCAACGACUCUGACCGAGAGAACGAACCCUCUGACACAGAGUAGCUCCCUCCUUGUACUUCGAGAGCCAGCCGGAAGAUAUGACCCAGUUAGCUUGCGAUGCUCCUCAGUGGAAAAGCAGAAGACACAAAAGGCUGAAAAAUCGGUUUCGUGCCGUGUUGGGUCGUCAAACAGUGCGAACGCCUGCAGCAGGGCAAGGUGGUCGCCCGUUCGCCAGCUUCGAACUUCCUGACUCCCG